GAAAAGAAAAGAAAAGAGAAAGAAAGAAAGUUGAGACGAAGAAAGAAGAAAAAGGUACGCAGUGGCGGCAUUUAAAAAGCCGAACAACGGGCGGUAAAAGUUCAAAGAUCGUAGGUGUACGAUUCGAAGAUCAAGGACAAAGUUACACAAAGAGACAAAACUUUCUAGAGUGAGAGAACAUCAAAAAGAAUGAUACUUUAUUUCACGAGAAUUAAUCGAUCGACGACGAGUCUCACGUUUCAUUCGUUUAAACGUUCUAACCACCCUCCACCACCUACAUUUCUCAAGUAAGAUACCAGAGCCAAUUAGGAGCAAAGCAUCUUGGACACGUGGAUACAAAAAGGUGUCAGAAAGGACAAAAACGGAAGUAGACUCUUCUCUGUGUGUGUGUGUGUGUGGUGGAAAAGGAAGUCUCUAUUCGAUUAGAAAAAGUAAUACGACGAGGGAUAGUUUGAAGAAAUGGCCGCUGGCUCAGCGGUGGCAAUGAUAGGUGCAAACUUAAGGUUCGGCAUAGUUGCCUCCGGAAAUGUCACAUCCAACGCUACUAAAGUGUUUCAGUGUCAUCCCGGUGGUGUUGCAGAAGCAACCGUUAUAUUUAGCCUUGGUGCUCUUGGAAUGGGUGCAAACAUUAUACUCAUGUCUUUGAUAUUAGCAAAACAACAAUUAAGAAGAUGGUCUCAGGGCUUAUUAUUCCAUCAAGCAAUGGUGGAUUGUGCGAGAGCUGCAAUAUUAUUGCCUUUGGGUUCGAGCAUUUUGAAUUGUCAACCAGUUAACAAAUGCUCUUUAGUCGAGACAGCUUUCCUACUACUUGUAACUGUUUCAACGGUGAACAUGCUCACAACUGUUUUAAACGAUAGUCCCGUAUUCCCAGAGAGCGACGAGGAAGCUGAAUUAACAGCUCCUUUGCUUAUGGACUCACCACAGUGCGUACUAUUUGGUACCUUCAUGAUAUGGUUUGCUAGCAUAACCAUAAAUCUUGGUCCUACGUUUCUAAGCGGUGCAUUGGCAGCUAACAUGGAAAGUGGACACAAUGCACCGAGUUGUCCAUUGGUGCAUGGACCCUUUCGUCAUUACAUUCUAAAUGUUCUUUGGAUUGUUAUUAAUAUCAUUUGUGUGGCCCUCACAUUAUUUCACUUACGAAAACUACAUAGAGACUUAACCAAAGCUAAUGUAGAAGCUGUUCGUGUAGCUGGUCUUGUUACUACAUUGGUCAAUGUCACUGGUGCUCAUCAAAGAAGACCGAGUACUGUUCAAUGUGAAGAUGACACAAACGAUUCUCGUACUCCAGUUACACCAAAAAGAAGCAGUGCUUUGGAAGAGCACAGAAAGAUGCGAAAUUAUUUAAGAAGAAUGGAACAAGAGGGUGUACAAAGGGUAAAAAUGUUCCUGGUUAUUACAGCAGCGUACGUGAUAUUUUGGGGACCAUUAUUUUUCGUCACGCUAGUGCAUCAUCCUAUCAUAGGCAACGCAAUUGGUUAUGAGGUCACUUUGCAUAUAGCCUACGUUCACGCAUUCGUAAAUCCAGCUUUAUUUUUGACAUUGCAUCGAGGAUUGAGACAAGGAAUGUCAGAUGUAUGCUGUACCUGUUGCGAGAGCAUAGCACGUUGGAUUUUAGGUAGUACGACAAAUAAUACUAUCCAAAGUGUACAAUCACCAAGAUAUGAACAACCAUUGAACGUACCAUCACCACCGGAUCCACCCUUAGUACAACCUAUAUCAGCAGCCGCUUGUGAUCUUACCGAUGUUGCACUUUUGAAACCACCUUUACCACCGACAGCUAAACAUCUUAUCGUUGACGAUCAAAUACCACCAGAUCCAUGGAGUUUAAUUUCAAGAUCGAAGAGUAGUACUUCGAGUCUUUACGAUGAAGAAUUAUCAAGAAGACCGAGUCUUUUAUUACCACCACCACCCCAAUUGAGUGAUCAACAAAUAACGAUGAGUCCUACAAGCAGCGAUAUACCGAACGAUUAAAAAUGUUCAUCUACUAUAUUAGAUUAUUAUAAAUAUGACAUAUGAUUUAAUUUAUAUAUGUGUGCACAUACGUAUUUAUAUAUGAUAUACAGAAUGUUUUGUAGUAUGUGAAAUAAAAAAUCAGAAAUGAACAGGAGACACAAAUUAAAAACCCUGUUUAUUACAAAACACCCUGUAUAUACAUAUAAAAAAAAAAGAAUCUUGUCUAAUUAAUGAAGAAUUUUAUUAUCAAAAUGAAUCAAUUAUUCCAAUAUGGUGUAAGAAACGAAUAUAUAUCUUUUUAAUUGGAUUAGAACAAAAUGUCAUUGUGAAGACAUAAUCGAUUAAAGAUUAAAGAAAUUUGUAGAAUCUAAUUAAACUAAUCGAAAAUCAGUAAA